AUGAGUGGGGACUCUCUGCUCCCGUAUCACAUGGCCCAGAGCAGCACCGGGCUGGGCCUGUUCAGAAGCACCAUGGGGGAGCUGCAGCAGCAACUGUACAACGGCGAAUACGACAUAUUCAAGUACGCGCCGAUAUUCGAGAGCGACUUUAUCCAGAUCACGAAGAGGGGACACGUGAUUGACAUGCACAACUGUGUCUGCAUGGUGACCGUGGGCAUCGCAUCCACAAGCCCCGUCCUCCCACUCCCAGACAUCAUGCUGCUGGCCCGACGGGCCACCGGCUGUGAACAGCACGCUGCGCACAGCCAGCCCACCAAGGGGAAGAGCCACAAGGUUGCCAAGACCUUAGAGCUCACCAGGCUCCUUCCCUUGAAGUUUGUGAGGAUCUCCAUGCACGACCGUGAGAAACGACAGCUGCGCGUGAAGUUUGCCACUGGCCGCUCCUUCUACCUGCAGCUGUGUGCCCCUCUGGACGCGCAGGAAGACCUCUUCGCCUACUGGGAAGAGCUGAUUUACCUCCUGCGACCACCAGUGGACGGUCACAGCCGCACCUAUGCCGUUCCAGCCGGGGACAUGAUCUGCAGGACUCUGUUCGAGGAGGAGGAGGAGGACGGGAGGAGCCCGGCAGUGGAGGAUUUCCAAGGAGAGUGGGAUGAGGACCAGGUGAGCAUCAGGAGCCUCCACACGCCCUCUGAGGUGGCCGCGGUCGGGUCUGCAGCUUUUGCUGGCGGGGAGGGGAUCCAACUGGACUCCCACAAGCCCGAUACCAUGUCCGAUGUGGCCACUGCCAAAGCAAAACCUACAGUGCUUGACAAAGAGUCAGCAUCGCGCGCAACGACAAAGGUGGAGACAGCAGGGGUGGCAGGCGGCACCGCAGCGGGUGCUUUGAGCGUGGCAGAGAUCAAGUCUCCUGCCCCCGAAGAGCAGAGCACGGCCAUAGCAGACACAGCCAGCAAGGGUCCAGGAGCAAGUAAAACCAACACAGACAGCAACAGUGACUGCCCAGCCUUGCUCAGGAAAACACAUUCAUGUAACCCCGAGCAACCCCUGGGCAAGCAGCGGCGAUAG